ACCCUCAUCCUCGCUUGUUAUCUUGGACUCCCUGGUGACGACCUCCUGCCUGCCCGACCACAGAUUCAAGGAUUGCCCCCAAACUCUGACUGGUUUCACGGAUCUGACCCUUGCCUGUCUGACCAAGAGUAAAAUAAACCUCCUAACUGUGCCAACUGCUCUGUUUGUCCAUCUGUGCCUGUAGAGUGUGACAGUACAAUCUGACCAGACAACAUGGACCCGGCUGAGCAGCUGCCUGCCCCCACCUCAGAAGUCCAAUCCCUGAGGGAUCUCAUAACACGGCAAGGGAGAGCUUUGGGACAGAGCGAGCACAGGCUUACUGGACUGGAGACAGCAAGCCAGACCAUUCACAUGGAGCUCGCACAGUUGACGGCACAGGAGCGGGAACUCGCUGUCCCUUCAGUUCAGCAUCACCUUCGAAGGUGUCACAGGGUUUGGCGAAGAACUCGAGCAGCACUCUCCAGAACUGCAGAAAGAAACCGCCGUCUCGCCGACCGUCACAGACACCCAGCCCCCAACUAUCAACCUGGACAGGAGGUCUGGUUGUCCACCAGGAACUUGCCACUGAAAGACACUUCCAAGAAACUCUCACCCAGGUUUGUUGGACCCUUCACUAUUGACCGAAUCAUAAACCCUGUUACUGUUCGCCUUAACCUCCCCAGGACAAUGAGGAUCCACCCAUCCUUUCAUGUUUCCCAAGUGAAACCUGUCCUGUCCAGUCCCUUGUCUCCUCCUGUUCCGCAACCCCCACCCCCCAGGAUCGUUGAUGAUGCCCCUGCAUACACAGUGCGACGGCUGCUGGAUGUUCGCCGCCGAGGACGUGGUUUCCAAUACUUGGUAGACUGGGAGGGUUACGGCCCGGAGGAACGCAGCUGGGAACCACGUUCUGCCAUCUUAGAUCCUCAGCUCAUCCGGGACUUCCACAAGAGGACAAGACGCCACCGGGCGCCUUGGAGGAGAGGACCUGUCACAUCAGCUGCUGUGACCCUCACACCUGCAGGUCAUUCCCUGAUCAGCAGUGGACCCAAUAUAAGGACGGAGCCUCCACCUGCUCGCCGUCAGAUUGUUGUCUAA